GAAAAUAUCUUCCCCACCGCCAUACUUUCUUAUCCCUUCAAAGCUCCGUCGUCCCUCUCUUUGAUCCCCGCCGAAUCCUGAUCAUUCUACUCCGCCGUCGCCGCCGCCACAUGCCAAUUAUUACGCAAGAAAACCUAGAAUCGCCGCCGGAGCGACCGCCUAAGCCGAAUUCGGUUUCGGCUCCAAGGAAGCUCCUUUUCGUUUUCCUCAAAUGCGUCAUCAUGGCCUUCAUACUCUCCCUCUUUCUCCUCUUCCUCGGCUUCGCCGCCGUCAUCCUCGUCCACUUUCUCCUCACCACCACCGCCUUCCGCCGCAGACGCCGUCGUCGAGAUCGCCCUUCUCCCCGAGCAUCAGCCGAAGCAUCUCCGACCCCGGAUCCGAUGGACCGCCUUCCCUGUCUCAGCUACACCUCUUCUGCCCAUCUGCCCAAGGAUUGUGCAAUUUGUUUGGAUAGCUUCAAGGAGGAUGAACCGUGCAGGAAGCUGCCAGCUUGUGAUCACAUGUUCCAUAUGAAAUGUGUGGAUCAUUGGCUGGGGAAAGUGCUCAAUUGCCCAAUUUGUCGGACCCGGGUCGAAUUGGACUCCAGUGGUUCCAGUUUGAGCAAUGAAGAUUGGAAGACAUGGUGGGUAGUUGGUGUUUGAACAGGGCAACCUAGAAUUUUGGCAUUUA